UUGUUUAUCAGAUUGUUUAUGCCAACAACUAAGAAUGUUGUUGGGCAACAAUUCUAAAUUUAAUUUUAUUAAGAAAAACAAGAUUUCCAUAACAAGUCUUUUAACGCGAUAUUCAGUUCUCUAUAAGGCGUCAACCAGUAAAAAUGUCUGAACUAACGUAUUUGAGUGGAUUUGGCUCGGAAUUAUCCUCAGAAGACCAACGUUGUCCCGGCGCUCUGCCGAAGGACCAAAACAGCCCUCAGAAAUGCCCUUAUGGCCUCUACGCGGAGCAACUUUCUGGGAGCGCUUUUACUGCCCCAAGGGCGGAAAAUAGGAGGAGCUGGUUGUAUAGGAUUCGCCCUUCCGCAGGCCAUAAGCCCUUUAGAAGAUUUUUAAGUGAGGCAGAGGUGACUCACGAUUGGACUGAACAAGAACCCGAUCCUAAUCAGAUGCGAUGGAACCCCUUUGACUUACCACCCACGGACCACAAAGUGGAUUUCAUCCAAGGGUUAAAAACCGUAUGUGGAGCCGGCGAUCCAAAAACUAAGCAUGGCCUGGCAGUGCAUAUUUAUGCUUGCAAUCAUUCAAUGCUUAACAGGGCAUUUUACAAUGCUGAUGGAGACUUUUUAAUUGUUCCCCAAGUAGGUACUCUGGCCAUAAAAACCGAGUUUGGUAAGCUAGAAGUGUCGCCCAACGAAAUCUGCGUUUUGCAGCAGGGAAUGCGUUUUUCUGUGGAGGUGAGGUCCGCCUCCCGGGGGUACAUCUUAGAGGUGUUCGGGAGACACUUUACUUUGCCGGAUUUAGGACCUAUUGGAGCCAACGGGCUUGCCAAUCCCAGGGACUUUUUGGCCCCGACUGCUUGGUACGAAUUUACGGAUAACAUUUCCUACCAAAUAAUAAGCAAAUACCAAGGGCAGCUCUUUAUAUGUGAUCAGAACCAUAGUCCUUUUGAUGUGGUGGCUUGGCAUGGCAACUAUGUCCCAUAUAAGUACGAACUUAGUAAAUUUAUGGUCAUUAACUCAGUAUCAUUUGAUCACUGUGACCCCUCAAUUUUUACUGUUUUAACUUGCCAAUCUGAGAAACCAGGCACAGCCAUAGCAGAUUUCGUGAUUUUUCCCCCAAGGUGGUCUGUGCAAGAGCACACCUUCAGGCCUCCAUAUUACCAUAGAAAUUGCAUGUCUGAGUUUAUGGGGUUGAUUUUGGGAGAAUAUGAAGCAAAGAAAGGUGGUUUUUUGCCUGGGGGGGCCACUCUACACAGCAUAAUGACCCCUCACGGACCUGAUAAGAAUUGCUUUGAAUAUGGGACCAAUGAGGAGUUGAAGCCUACCAGGGUAGCUGAGGGGACACAGGCUUUUAUGUUUGAGAGUGGCUUGGGUCUAGCCGUUACUAAAUGGGGAGCAAAAACUUGCGAAAAACUGGAUCCCGAGUACUUCAGGUGCUGGAAGGGGCUAGAAAGUCACUUUACAGGGCCAAAAUAGCGAUUUAGUAUCUCGAUAUGUAUAGACUGAAAUAAGUUUUAUAGUUUUAUUGGUGACAUAUAAUGUAAUUAUUUAAUUUUGUUAAUAAAAAAUACAAAAAUGGAUAUAA